ACAACACUAAAGACUGAGUCAGUGAGUAGUCCGUGGGACGUGGGUUGAAGUUGAAUCUCUUCUUCCAAUGCAGCCUCGACGAAGAAGGUAUGUUGGAGGUUCGACGGAAACGAAAUCUAAGCAUUUUCUGAAGAUAAUACUUCCCUCAGCCAUUCAUGGCAACCAAAUGAGAAUUCCCGAGGAGUUUAUAAAAAGAUUUGGAGAUGAACUAUCAACUGUUGCUACAGUUUCUGUUCCCGAUGGUCGUAUUUGGAAAAUGAGGUUGAAGAAAUGUGAUAAACAUGUUUUCUUCUGCACCCAAUGGCGACACUUUGUAAAUUACUAUUCUCUCAGUUACGGUUCCCACCUAGUUUUCAGAUAUGAAGGGAACUCAAAAUUUCGUGUUCUUAUAUUUGAUAUUACUUCUGCUGAGAUUUGUUAUCCAUGCAAAACUCGAGGCACUAAUAGUAAUAGGAAGAGGUCCAAGGUUGAUGACGAAGACAGUAAUGUGAACUUAAAAAGUGAGAGCAAAACAAAGAAGGAAGAAAGUGAUUUUUCUGAUAGGAAACAAGUCCAAAGUGGAUAUAAUGAAAAUCACUCUUCUAAUUCUUCGGAAAUAUCAAAGGAUUCUGCCAAUACAUUCAAGCCCAAAAACCCCUUUGUCACUUCAACCAUCAAGCUUGAUCGAUUGUAUGUGGGAAGUAAAUUUGCUAGCAAGUAUCUGAAGGCAAAUGUUGGUAUGAUGCUCCAAAACUGUAACGGGGAGCAGUGGGAUGUUUCUUGCGUAUGUCAUAGUGGCAGCAGAGCAAAGAUAAUAUUCAGGGGAUGGAGUAAAUUUGUAAGGGACAAUGAUCUAUCAGAAGGAGAUGCUUGUAUGUUGGAGUUGAUCAAGAGGGACCCAAUUGUGCUAAAACUUACUACCUAAAUAUGACAAUUCAUGUCCACUAUAAACACUCAAUCGUCUGUGUUUGCUUUUGGAUUGGAUCCACGUCUCAACAAGCAGCUUAUGGGUAUUUCGGUUAUUGGAUGUGGUGACAGGGCUUUGAUCUGUGUUUUGUUGUCACUUUUUUAACUAGUAAUAAAGCCGUUAAUGGAUUGGUGAGAAA